AUGGAGAGAGUCUGCCCCGUCUGCUCCACCGCCGGGCCUCCCCUGAACAACUCGAAGCUGUCUCUUAGUGUGGUUAACCUGCUGGUCACCUGCAGGCGUCAUUCACGGCCAAGUCGCGCUCAGACAAAGACGGGCAGGAAGGUGACGCAGGAGAGGGAAGGCACUUACCACUUGACAUGGAGGGAGACCAGAAAACACAAGCACGGACACAAGUCCCACGCAGUGCACCACGCCAACACGGCCAUAAAGCCUGGGAAGGCAGCAGCAGCAGCAGCAGCAGCGGCAGCGGCAGCAGCAGCAACAGCAGCCUGGGGCAAAGAGUGCUUGUCAGUAAUGGUUGCAGGGUCAAGGCAGAGAAAGAAUUUGCAAGGGAAAGUGGGCCGGGAGGCAGCGGGUGACAGUGGAGUGGUUGAGGAGCGGAGAGCAGCAGAGACAAGCAGACACAGCAGCAGCAGCAGCAGCAGCAGCAGCAGCAGAGAGGGCCUGCCUCACCACAGAGGGGUGGAGGUGGACGGAACAACUUAA